AUGGCACUUUUAUACCAAGCUCAUGAGGAAAAACAUCACCUUCCAGGUAUGUUCGGUAGCCUUGAUUGCACCCAUUUCGUUUGGCGUUUUUGUCCGACAGAGUAUCGAGGCCAAUAUAUGCGAGGAGAUCAUAGAUACCCGACUGUUAUGCUCGAAGCGGUUGCUUCUCAAGACUUAUGGUUUUGGCAUGCUUUUGCCGGUCCACCCGGUUCUCAAAACGAUAUCAAUGUUCUACAACAAUCUCCGUUAUUUUUAAUGGAACGAAAUGGAACCGCGCCAAAAUGUCCAUUUUACGUUAACAACCAUUUAUACAAACGUGGUUAUUUGCUCGUGGAUGGAAUCUACCCUUCGUGGUCCGUGUUUGUGAAAUCGAUCCCUUACCCUCACGAAGUAAACGAAAAGAAAUUCAAGAGGCAACAUGAGGCGGCAAGAAAAGACGUCGAACGGGCUUUUGGUGUUUUGAAGGGGAAAUGGGGUGUAUUGAGUCGACCGAUGCGAGCAAGAUCGGUUAAAAAAAAUUAG